AAGCGAUGUUUAAAUAUGGUUGCUCAACUGACUAAUGCUGAGGCCAGUACCUUUUACGUAGUUAAUUCUGAAACUAGUACUUCAUAUACGGUUAAUGCAAAAGUCAGUAUCUCUUAUACGAUUAUGAUUGAUCAAGUAGCAAAUAUUGAAAGUAGCACUUUCUACACGUUUACUGCUGAAGCCAUUACCUCUGGUACAGUAAAUGCUGAAUUCAGUACCUCCUACGUGGUUAAUGUUCAACCUAAUAGCUCAUAUACGAUUGAUACUGAGACUAAUGCUCUCUGCAAAAAUGCAGUUUACGAUGAAGCAACUACUGAGGAGUUUGGAGGAAAAUAUGUACCUAAAAAGAGUAUCAAUAUUAAUACUCACCGCAACCGACAAUCAAAACGUAAAGGAUGUGAAUGGCAUAUCAAUCUAAGUUUGCCUAAAAAAUCCAAUCACAUUAUAGUUACAACAUUUGUAAAUACCCACAACCAUGAACUUGAUCCUAAAAAGUGUAAAUACAAUACUAAGUUCAGGUCAAUUGGAGAUGAAGCAUUGAACGACAUUGAGUUUUAUACAAAAAAUAGAAAUCUUUUGAUUACCAUACAGCGUCAAUUACUAAGAGCAAAGUACACUAAUACAACUUUCUUAGAUAUGGAUCUCACUAACGCUAUUCAAUAUUAUAAAGUUAAGUCUAAAUAUCUUAAAAAUAAUGCCUCACAGCUUUUAUUAUAUCUUACUGAGAAGUGUUCAGAAGAGUCAGUUGCACAAGCAUUGGUUUCUGAUAAAACUGUUGACUCAUAUCUAUGGAUUCUCCAGUGCACUAUGAAAGCUACAGGUAUUGAGCCUAUGGUCUUUGUGAUGGAUGCAGAUCUAGCGAUGGACAGUGCGUUAAAACAAACUCUUUACCCUAGUCAUUACUCAUGGGCUUGUGCCUUCACAUCCAAAGUUUUCACGGCAGGAAUUCAAACUACAUCACGCGUUGAAGGGUAUAACAACAUUAUCAAAAGAGUAUUAUGUGAUUUGGUGAAGACUUUGGAUUCACAAUUAGAAAAAGAGGCUGAGUGGAACCGUUUUUUUGAGUAUCAGACUCUGUCAUCAUGUGUUGGGAUUGUAUCUGUUAGUAGUGAAAUAUUGCUUGCUGUUGACCAUAUACUCUUAGAAUACUUGAUCCCACAAAUUCUUUCUAUUGAGCAUAUUGAAAUGGCACAGUAUUUAUACUUUGAUGCGACAUUAGUUGACUUAACAGUAAUUGGAUUGGAUGAUGAGAAUGAGAAUAUAAAUGCUAGUGAAGCUCAGCAAGGUCAAAAAAUACCUUUGAUUCCUCAACCUUUUACAGUUUCCCGUUCAAUAGCAAUAAGCAACUGA